UUCUCUCUCUCUUCAUAUGUUUUGUCUGUACUUGAUAUUCCGUAAAAGAAACUCUUUUUUAAUUAAAACUCCCCCCCUUGGCUUCUCCCUUUUUCCCACUCGGUGAGCGCGUGGAAGAUACCCUAAGAUAUAAUAUAGAGAGAGAGAAAAGAGAGACAGAUUUGGCUACUGCUUCUUCAUCUCCGGCGGCAUCUUCUCCGGGCUGAGUUUUCUGACUUAUCCAGCUAACCUCCUAACAGUUUUCACAGGGACCAAAAAUGAAUGAGCUCCGAGGCAGAAAGGUUCAAAAGAUUGAGAGUCCAGUUCCAGGAUGCUUGGGGAGGAUGGUAAACCUAUUUGAUCUAGGAACUGCUGUCAAUGGGAACAAGAUGCUUACAGAUAAACCUCAUCGUGAUGGAUCCUCUCUGUCAAGGAGCCGAUCUGAUGUGUCUCGAAUGCCAAGCCCCUCCUAUAAAGGCCACUCAGAAGCUGAAUUGAUUAUGUCUGAUUUAAGGAGAAGUGCUUCUAGCAAAGCAAGUGGUACACCGAUGAAGAAGCUCAUCGCUCGAGAAAUGUCAAAAGAAGUUGAGCCUAAACAGAGCCCUACUAAUGUGGUGGCGAAGUUGAUGGGCUUGGAGACACUUCCCCAGACUGCUACACAGCGAAGCAAAUCCAGAAGCUAUUCACACUCUUCGUCGCUGAAUCAUCCGGUGAUGGAUGAUGAUGAGGUCCACAAGUAUCAGGAGCUCAGCAGAGAAUAUAAAGAUGUGUAUGAAAUGUGGCAGUCGCCUCCUCAGAAAGCGAGUCGUUCAAGAGAUAGCUCGCCUAGAAAAGGAAGGUAUGAUGAAAGUGCUGCGACUGAGAGACUCGUUCGUCAGAAGUUUGCAGAAGCGAAACGACUUGUUACAGAUGACAGUCUUCACCAAUCCAAAGAGUUCCAAGAGGCUCUUGAAGUUCUAAGCUCCAACAAGGAUUUGUUUGUUAAGUUGCUCCAGGAAUCAAAUUCUUUCUCUCAGCAACUUUCUCAGACUGUUCCUACUCAGUCAGAGGCGAAACGCAUCACAGUAUUGAGACCUUCAAAGGCUGUUGAGACUGAGAGAUUUGUGGUUCAAGGGAGGAAGAACAAGCAGGUUAAGAAAUCUGCUUCUUCAUCAAGUGGAUGGGGAAACCGAGGAGGAGGCGAGGAAAGGCCUUUACAACCAACACGUAUUGUUGUCUUGAAGCCUAGUCUAGGGAAGUCUCUAGAUAUGAAAGGUGUUUCAUCAUCGCCAUCCACUCCUAGAGGUGUACCCAAUGAAGGCUAUUUUGAUGAGUCUGGAGAUGUUGAUCAGUCUAAAGAAGUGGCAAAGGAAAUAAUGAUGCAAGUGCGAGAGAAUCUGAUGGGUCACCACCACAGGAAUGAGACACAAUGCUCUUCUGUCUUGUCCAAUGGUUAUAAUGGUGAUGACAGUUCGUUUAACAAAUCUGAUAACGAAGAUCCAGUGGGAAACCUUAGUGAUUCUGAUGAGAUCAUGUCACCAGCUUCUAGACACUCGUGGGACUGUCCUAAUAGGUUUGAAAGUCCUUUCUCUCCUUCCUCUUUCAGCCGAGCCUCGUUUUCUCCUGAGUCAUCUGUCUGCAGAGAGGCUAAGAAGCGACUCUCUGAAAGAUGGGCGUUGAUGUCGGUAACCAGAAGCGGCGGCACUCAGCCGCAUAAACACGUACCGAGAAGCUCGAGCACCUUAGGUGAAAUGCUAGCACUCUCAGAGACCAAAGUGACAAGUGGAUCAUCCUACGAAGAGAUAGUACCUGAGACAAGGGUGUCUACAUCGUGUAUAACCACUCAUCUGAAUCAAGUGGAAAUGGCUGGUGAUUCUCUGAAUGUCCUUGCAAGGUCAAAAUCAGUCUCUGACGUUUCCAAAGCACAGCUUCCACAAGAGCUUACUGAGACGACGGGAAGCUUGAAAUCGUCAUGGAAAGUUUCCAACUUGUUCUCAUUCAAGAAUAAGAAAGCAAGCAAGGAGAAGAGAGAUACAUCUCAGUACAGUAGUAGUAUGUCUCAGCUAGCAACGCCUUCUUCAGUGACUCUUCCCAGCGAAGAUUGUCGACACCCUCUUGAUGCAUUACAACAGCAAAGCAUAAUCCCAGGCGAGGAGGAACUGACUACACCGAAGCCCCUAGAGGCUGGGAAUACAAGUGAGAAACAGGACGAGCUAAGUCCAGUUUCUGUUCUGUUUCCUCCAUUUGAAGAGGAAGGUGUCAGCACUCCAGAAUGUUCCACAUCAAGCAAGCUAUGGACAACAACUCAAGGAGAGGAGAUGUCUCUUAAAUCUAAUCUAAUAGACAAAUCACCACCAAUCGGGUCUAUUGCUCGGAUCCUCUCAUGGGAUGAUGACUCUUGCACAGACAACAUAUCUAAACCCGCAAUGAGAGGAGUCCAUGAGGAUGAAGACUGGUUCUUAUUCAUAGAAACGGUAUUAACAGCUGCUGGUUUCAGCAAGGGUUGCACCCUCUCUCAUCCCUUAGACCCUUCACUCAGAGAGAAAUACACCAAUCUAGAUAACAACAACAACAUGAAGGAGUUCGUUAACGAAGGAAAACGUAGACAACACAGGUCAACCCGUAAGCUCAUUUUCGACUGCAUCAACUCCAUCGUUUCAGAAACAACGACUACAACACCACGCAUGGGCCAAGAUUCUCCGCCCUUAGACUUGGUGGAGCAUGUCUGGUCCCAGGUGAAGGACUGGCUUUCAGAUGAGUAUGUAGAGGACAUAGACGCAAACAGUGAGGCUGCAGAGAGUCUAGUGAAGGAAGAGAUUGUUGGGAGGAGAUGGAUGCACAGCUUUCAAGCUGAAAUAGACGACCUUGGGAUUGGUAUCGAAAGAGCAUUGUUGCAGGAGCUCGUAGAGGAAGCCGUUCUCGAUCUUACACAAUGAGAUUAGAGCAGAAACAAGUAACUACUACUACAUUUGAAUAAAAAAUGUAAGAUUAAGUGUAGUUUUUGUCUUUAUGUGUCUCAAUUUUUUUUUGUAACGAUUGAGGGGAAGAACAAAAAUGCUAUGCGACGA